AUAUAUUAGAAAUAAUUAUUAAAAUGUGUUUGUUUAUAAAUAUGACUCCAUCAACAGUUUUUGUAGUGUUAAGUUGUUGUUUUUUAGCUGUCGGACAAAAUAUUCGAACCACGCAUAAUCUUAGAGAUGCCGGCUCAUUAUCCGAAAUGGAUUUAAGAGAACUAUUGAGACAGAAUAAAAUCACUGAACAAAUACUGCAACAGUAUUUGGAACGAAGAUUAUUUCCAAAUUUAAAUCGUACAACGCGUGUACCAACAAUAUCCGAAAUAUUACCACGUACUCCAGUAUUCUUUCAAAAAUAUGGAAAUAAAUAUAAUAAAUCACCGUUGUUUGGUGCACAACAACAACAACAGCAACAGCCGAAACGAAUUCAAUCUUAUAAUAGUAAUGACAAAGCCAGAUAUAAUUCAGAUUAUGGUCAAGAUGAAGAUGAUUUAGGAGGCGAUGGAGGGGAGGAUGGUACUGAUUAUGAUGAUUUAGGCGAUAAUGGUGAUUCAUUGCAGUCUGUUGAAAGUGAGCAUGUAUCCUCAUUUUAUAGCAACAAUCAGAAAGAUUGUCCAAAUUGUGUAGAUGAAAAUACGACAGCACCAAAUCGAUGGACGAUGCCACUGUUAAAAUUGGGCGAAAAACGAUACUACCUUGGCAUAUUCUUUAAAGCCAAUUGGUUUAGAGCGAACCAAUACUGCCGUUACCAUGGUAUGCACUUAGCAAGUAUUUCAUCACAAGAAGAAAAUGAUAAACUCGAAACCUAUAUUCGCGAUUUUGAAGGUUUGGGUAACGAACAUUUUUGGACAUCCGGAACUGAUUUAGCCGAUGAGGGUCAUUUCUUUUGGAUGGCAACCGGUCGUCCAAUUACAUUCACCAAUUGGAAUGCAGGUGAACCAAAUAAUUUCCGAUAUGAGAAUGGAGAAGAAGAGAAUUGCUUAGAAUUAUGGAAUCGUGAUGGUAAAGGUUUAGGAUGGAAUGAUUCACCAUGUUCAUUCGAAACAUACUUUGUAUGCGAAGUGCAAUGAGAGACAAAAAAUAAAGACAUUGUUUUUUAUAUAAAAUUUUGUGUGCGAACGCUGAACAGUGAUUUAUUAAAACAAUUUGUGUGUACAUAGUAGCCUCACUUAUAGUACGGAUGUUAAUGACCAAUUUCAGCCCUAACCUUGCAAAUGGUGACUGAUCAAUGAAACAUGGUAGGAUUAUCUUUUAAACUUCUAUAUUGAUUUUAAGAAAUUUUCCAAGGUAACGACUCGAGAAGAUCUCGACGAGAGACCUUUAACCCUUAAAAACAUUUGAUUGCAAACGUUACAAACGAAGACAAUAAAGUUUCUUACAAAAAUAAUCGACAACUAUAUUCAGAUUUUACAGGACUCGGGAGGAAAAAAAUUGAAAAUUUUUAAGAAAGAUGUUUUUGUUAAUUCUGAAUAUUACGAAAAAAUCGAAUUCGAGAACAUUAAGUUAGUUCACAUUAAGGUAGUACGAGCACCAAGGCAAUUUUAGAUUUAGGAUUGAAAUUA